GAUUGUUAUUGUUGCAGUGCGUUGUGUGCUCAAUUCCAUUGCAAUUGCGAUUAUACGAAUAAUUGUAAUUGUGUAACAUUCCGUCGUACAACAAAUUGCGAUUCGCACAGUGUAUGAGAUAGUGAUUGUGCUUGUGAUUGCACGAAAAACGGCGCCUAAAUUUAGAAUCAAAUCUGUGACGACAACAAUCACGCACGCAUACGUCCGUGACAUUGAUUCACAUUCAAAGAGGCAGAGAGAAAGCGGCUGUUUGGCUGGCUGGUGUUGGCGAAAAAAGAAACAAAGCUAAAAUAAAACGAGGAAGCGUCGGCGGCGGCCACUGGCAGUAGUAAUCAGCUGCUCGCGGAAAAACAACAACAAAUUUCAUAUUAAUUGCGUCAAAGGAAGGCAUGUGCUGAGCAUUAUAGGAAAUUUUCACGCAUUGCCAGCAAAAAAGAUCGGCCAGAACGGAGCUAAAACAGCGCAGCGCAGCACAGCAAACGGCAACGGCAUCGCAGAGCAGUGAAUGCAGUGCAGCUCAACUGGAGGCAACUGGAUUUAUAAUUGAACGACAUUCGACGUCACCGAUUAAAAUCGUGUUGUGUUGUGUAAUCAAAUAGGAAAAAGUAAAAUUAUUCGUGAUGACUUCAACAGCGCCAACAGCUCCUCCAGCAGCAGCACCUGCUGCGCCCGCCAAGAAGACGCCACCCAAGUCCAUGAAAUACAUCAUUGGCGGUGCCAGUGGCAUGGGCGCCACUCUGUGUGUGCAACCUCUCGAUCUGAUCAAGAAUCGUAUGCAAAUCGCCGGUGCUGGCAGCGGUAAGAAGGAAUUCCGCAAUUCCUUCCAUUGCAUUCAGACUGUAAUCAGUCGCGAGGGACCUUUGGCCUUGUACCAGGGCAUCUCCGCAGCUCUGCUGAGGCAGGCGACCUACACCACCGGUCGCCUGGGCAUGUACACCACGCUGAAUGAGGAGUACCGCGAUCGCUUCCAGCGCGAUCCCAAUGUCAUAGCCAGCAUGGCGAUGGGCACGAUAGCCGGAGCCGUGGGCGCCUUCAUUGGCACACCGGCUGAGGUGGCUCUGGUGCGUAUGACCUCCGAUGGACGGCUGCCGGUGGCGGAGCGUCGCAACUACUCGAACGUGUUCAAUGCUUUGGUGCGCAUGACACGCGAAGAAGGAAUAACGGCACUGUGGCGUGGAUGCGUGCCUACCAUGGGCCGAGCUAUGGUGGUGAAUAUGACACAAUUGGCCAGUUAUUCGCAGUUCAAGACAUACUUCCGCACUGGACCCCUGAAGAUGGAUGAGGGCAUCAAGUUGCAUUUCUGUGCCAGUAUGUUGAGCGGUUUGUUGACCACAAUUGCCUCGAUGCCGCUGGACAUUGCCAAGACACGUAUUCAGAACAUGAAGACCAUCAACGGCAAGCCGGAAUAUCGCGGUACGAUUGAUGUGCUACUCCGUGUCAUCCGACAGGAGGGCGUCUUCUCAUUGUGGAAGGGCUUCACGCCGUACUACUUCCGUCUGGGACCCCACACGGUGUUGACCUUUAUUCUGAUGGAGCAGCUGAACCAGGGCUUCAACAAGUAUGUCCUGGGUGUGGAGAAGAGUGGUUCUGGACUCUAAACAAGAGAUCUGCGGCCUUUGGAGAGCAGUGUGUGUAAUGUUUUAAUUGUUAGAGUUGUAUCGCCAAUUGUUAUCACUGUUAAACCCACUGACAACUGCAUAUAUUCCAAGCACCAACUCCGAAGAUCUAAAUCAAUUUAACGACAAUACGAACGAGCAUGAGAUGAUGGUAUAGCUGUUGUACAUACUUAUAUAGAGUACAGAUAUAUUUAGAGCAUUUAAAUGUCGGAAUUCCGGUGACAAUAUUAGAAAAUUACAAGUUGUAUCAGUUUUAUAUGAAUUAAGCGAAAAGUGGAUUCUCAAUAAAGCACAAUAUAUUGCAA